CCGCGGUGAUGCGCCUGCUCCUCAAGUGCCUGCGGCUGGGGCGGCGGCGGCGGUUCAAGCUAGUGCGGCAGGUGGAGCAGCUGUGGCACUACGGGCACCUCUGCCUCCGCUCUCUGCUCUACAACUCCUUUACCAACGGCGAUGUGGUGCUUGAUUCUCUCUUCGAGCCCAUCUACUGGCUGGUGGACCAUGUCACCCGGUGGUUUGGUGUGGUGUUUGUGGCACUGGUGAUUGGGCUGACGAGCUCUAUCGUGGCCAUCGUGUACAUCUGCCUGCUGCCCCUCAUCCUGCAGACCUACACACCUGCCUGGAUAUGCUGGCACCUCACCUAUGGACACUGGAACCUCAUCAUGAUUGUCUUCCACUACUACAUGGCUAUCACCACUUCACCUGGGCACCCACCACGGGCCAAGAACGACCUCACUGGUGUGUCCAUCUGCCGGAAAUGCAUUGCCCCUAAGCCAGCUCGCACCCACCACUGCAGCAUCUGCAACAGGUGUGUGCUGAAGAUGGACCACCACUGCCCCUGGCUAAACAACUGCGUGGGACACUACAACCACCGCUAUUUCUUCUCCUUCUGCUUGUUCAUGACCAUGGGCUGCGUUUACUGCAGCAUCAGUGGCUGGGAGAUGUUCCGGGAUGCCUACGCAGCCAUUGAGAGAAUGAAACUGCUUGAGAAGGAGAGACUGCAGGUGGCUGCCAACCAGACAUACUACCAGACCCCACCACCCACCUUCUCUUUCCGCCAGCGAGCUUUCCACAAGAGCGUGGUCUACCUCUGGGUUCUGUGCAGUGCAGAUGUUGCUGCCCUGCCAGCCUUUGGGCCAGAGGAGAGAUUUUGUGUCUGUCACAGGAGAUUAGACAAGCCGACCCACUUACGCGGCUGUGGGUGCGGGGAGGCUGCCUCAGCCUCCACCAGCUGCAGCACCAGGGAAGGAAGGCCUGUGUUUCACCUGCUGUCCCUUGUCAUACCUAGCUCGGUUGCACUGGCCCUGGGUGCCCUCACGCUGUGGCAUGCUGCCCUCAUUACCCGUGGGGAAACGAGCAUCGAACGGCACAUCAACAGAAAGGAGAGGCAGAGACUGCUGAAGAAAGGCAAGGUCUUCAGGAACCCCUACAGUUACGGCAGCUGGGAUAACUGGAAGGUGUUCCUGGGUGUGGAUGUGCCAAGGCACUGGCUCACCCGUGUCCUGCUGCCCUCUCCUCACCUGCCCCACGGGACAGGCCUGAGCUGGGACCUGCCUCCUUGUGUGAUGGAGCAACGUGCACCACUCCUGGCAAUCUGAGGCCCUGUGCUCUGGACAUCCCUUCCCACAGGCAGAGGAAUGCAUGGAGGACCUGCUCCACCACAGCAGCUUCCUUUGGCCAAAGUGCCUGGCAGAAGGCUGGCACAUAUCACUGACUGGAGCCAGAGCCAUGGGAAGCUCUAUGGACUGUGUUGGUGCCUGGACAUCUGCCCUCUUGGCUCUUGGUGGCUGCAGGCAGCCCAGGGGCAAGGUGGCAGAGCUGCUGCUCCCUGCUCCAGCUGACGGUGCUGCCCUCGUUAGCGCAGGUACAGGCCAGCAUUGGCCUAGCUCAGCUCUCUGAAGGGCUGUGCACAGAGGAUUACAGCCCCAUCCCCCAAGUGUUCUCCAGGGAGUCUUUUUAAGACCAUCUACUAAAUACUGUUUUUUUAAGGGAGUCUGUUUUUGCUAUCUUGUGGGGAACAUGGACUUCUGGGGAUGGGAGAAGAGGGACCACAAUAUUAAAAGAAGAGGAAGGA